UUUUCAGGGACGAAAAACUUCCCAACUAAUGUGUAGUUUGUAGCAGCUAAAGAUGGCAAAUCUUGAAUAUCUACUGGGAGAGGCUUUAAAGGGGAAAGGCUUGCAGAAGAUAGAGCAGGUCCUUGAAGAAGAUGCCCUGCCUGUUCAGAAAUGUAGCAGACUGUUGAUGGGCAAACUGGAUAAGUUGGUUAAUAAGGAACUGGACAAGAAUGACUUCAAAAAUGUUUCACUGCUGUUAAAAUGUGUUCAGUGCUUCAGUCGAAAUGACUCUUCUGAUGGCUUUGUCUGGCUACUUCAACAAGGACUUGUAGCAAAGAUGACAAUGUGGUUUGAAAGAGUUACAGAAUUUCUUAAGUCUUUGGAUCUCUUGGUGGAUAAAUCACUGCCUCGGCUGGCAGAGGAUUUUUAUUGCACUGUGCAGGUUGUAUGCUCAAAUAGCAGUGAAGCUGACAUGUCUGGUAUUUGA